AUGGGUCUGGUCGAGAAAAAAGGCGGAUCGGAUUUCGGAUCGGGUUUUAAAAUUUUCUUAGUAUCGGGUUUCGGAUAUCGGGUCGAAAAAAGGCCGUGUCUCGGCUCUCGGAUCGGGUUGUUCCUCUUCUUAGAAAACUCUGUGGAAUUAUCAGUUUUAAACAAUCAAAAACAAAAAUUAUUUUUUCUUCAAAAUUAUUUUGUAGGUAAUUUCAACCCCCUAACAUUAUUUUGGUUUUGGAUAAUUCCUCGUUUAUUAAUUAUUUUAAUUGGAUUUUUCCUUCUUUUGGCUGGAUUUUCUUCAAUGUGUAAUGAAAGAAAUAAAUUUAAAAAUAAAGGCACAGAUACUUCUAGAUUAGAAAAAUUUCUUUUAAAAAUGGGAAUAUUUUCUUUAAUUUAUUUAUUUUCAAUAUCAUUAAAUUCUUUGUGUGAUUUACAUCAUUUAAUUGUUCUUUCUGAAUGGCAACCAAACACAAUUAAUUGCAAAACAAAAGGAGGUGCUUUUUCUGGUAAUUGUAUUAGACCAGAACAACCAGAACCAAAAUUGUAUGUUUUUGGACAAACAAUGGGAAUGGCUACUGGUUUAGCUGUUGGUUUAUGUAUAUUUUCUCCAAAAACGUUGACUACGAUGUCCUCACUUUCUAGUUGGAAAAAUGCCUUAAUAUGUUGCUGGCCUUUACAAACAAAGAAGUCAGCAAUAAUUAAUUCUUCAUUUAAAAGUAUUUCUUAUUUUUAA